UGGGGGGAGCAGGCACUGAGGGGGUAUAUGUGGCACUGGGGGGGUAUAUUUGGCACUGGGGGCAUGUACCUGGCACUGGAGGCAUAUACCUGACACUGUGGGGGAAUAUCUGGCACUGGGGGCAUAUGUGGCACUGGGAGCACGGCCCUAGCAACAAGCACUACCCCCUAGCAACGAGCAUGACACCCAGUGCAUGAACCCCCUGGCAACGAGCAUGACACCCUGAGCAUGAAAACCCCUGGCACCGUGCAUGGAACCGCUGGCAACGAGCAUGACACCCAGUGCAUGAAACCCCUGGCAACGAGCAUGACACCCUGAGCAUGAAAACCCCUGCCACCGUGCAUGGAACCAAGAGCAUGAAACCGCUGGCAACGAACAUGACACCCAACGCAUGAAACCCCUGGCAACGAGCAUGACACCCUGAGCAUGAAAACCCCUGGCACCGUGCAUGGAACCAAGAGCAUGAAACCGAGCAGUUCAUUUACAGGUUCAUAACAGAGGAUUAUUUGAACAUGUGCAAUCCACCAUCUCCUAGGCUGCACAGAAGUCCCAUAACUGCUCCUAGGUUCAUGUCCGUCUCUUCUAAAACUGUUGAUCCCAAAUUCAAAGAACUCUUUAGACUGAUUGACUGGCCGGAGCCGCCAUCCACUGUGACACACUAUAAUCUAUCUACCAGCCCCGGACACUGUGAUUACCAUCUGCUGAAUGCACGGGACACGUACAGGAUUGGGGAGACGUUGGAGGUGCUCAUCACAGCUCGGGACCACCAUGGCCGGCCAAAGGAAUAUGGUGGAGAUUACUUCCGAGCCAAGCUGCACUGUCCGGCACUGAAGGCUGGAGUGACUGGACACGUAGAGGACCACGGUAAUGGCAGCUAUAUGGCCACGUUCCUCCUCCCAUGGUCAGGGAGAGCAGAGGUGCAAAUCCGGCUCAUUCACUCCAGUGAGGCAGUGGCAGUUUUAAAGAAGAAGAGGGAGAACCAUCCAGAGAAGGCAUCUUUCCUUGGAUAUUUUCUAUUUAACGGAAGCAGUGAAGUGACAGAGUGUAACCUGGAACUGCCGGGAAGGGAUGUGUGCAAAUACCGGGAUCCCGCCUCUGGGAACACGUGGCAGUGUUUGAGACCACGGAAUUUGUCAUGUGACUCCUGGGUGUAUCACGCCGGUGGUGAAUUGCACAAAGUGACAGAUCAGCUGGAGGACGCUCUGCUGAGUGACCCUGUCACUGACCAGAUUAUCUCUGGUAAAGUUUCUCCAAUCAAGGUCAUCUCAGAAAACAGCUCAUUGAAACUUACUUCCAAGCUCUCGGCCUGCAGACCUGGCCAGGAACCUACACAGCCUUCUGGCUUUUACUAUGGUGACAACUGGAGAUCCCUUACAUGUAUAGCGCGCCAUUUUCCUCGGCCGUCCGAUGCUCUUGCCUGUCUGAAGGGGAAGGACAUCCACAUGUCUGGAGACUCUACUCUGCGCCAGUGGUUUGAGUAUUUGGAGAGUUUCAUUCCCAGUCUCAAGAUGAUAGACUUGCAUGGUUUUAAGACUGGACCUCUGCUAGCUGUGGAUGCUAAUGCUGGUCUGGCCAUUCGAUGGAGGUUUCAUGGACUUCCAAUAAGGUCUCGCAAGACUUUGGUUUCUAACAUUCAUUACGAGUCAAUCGAAUUGGCUGGGAUUGGUGGGGGCCCUGAUACUGUUGUUUUGGUGAACCUAUGGGCUCACUUCACCACUUUCCCUGUAAGAGUCUAUUUAGAAAGGUUGAAACAGAUCCAUCAAGCAAUUCAAUCUUUACUUUUCCGCAGCCCUCAGACCACUGUGAUAAUUAAAUCAGCCAACACAGGUCGUAAGACAGUUCAUGCCAGUGACUGGCUGUCUCUUCAGUUGGACACAUUAAUGAGGGCAGCCUUUAAGGGAAUGGCUGUCACUUUCCUGGAUGCCUGGGACAUGACCUCCUGCCACUAUCUCCCUGACAGCACACACCCGAGGCCACCAGUCAUCAGGAAUGAGGUGGACCUCAUGUUGUCCUACAUAUGUCCACAAUGAGGUACAAGACACUUCUCAGUUACUGUACAGGCCAACAAAUACUGCAUCCUGUGUAUGGUGUGGACAUUUGCUGACCAUAGGAAAAUAACCAUAUAAAUAUAAAUAAUAUAAAGACUGGCAUCUUAGUACCACUCGCACUUCCAUUAUUGCUGAAGGCAUCUUAUCUCAGAACAUUCUCAAUAAAUUAACUUGGAUAAAGUGUUUCA